CUUUGCCUACGACAGGUUUUGUGUGCGCGCUCGCGCUGAUAUGCUCUACUAUGGCCAUGCUACGCGGUGCAUACCGGCGUUCUCCUGCGCCAACUUGACGGAAUAACAGUAGCCACAUCCAGCUUUCGCAUUUUCAAGCGCUGCCAAUAAUAGCUCAGUACGAAGCGAAGUCUGCCAAGGUGUCUAGCCGAAAGCGGCCAUGUGUGAGCGCGCGCUGGCAAGCCCGCGUGUGGUCUGACCUUGAGUUAAACGUUGUUUGAGGCUAGUUGAGUGUUCAAAACUAAGAAUAAUUAGCGAAACCAGAUGGCUACGACACCAAUACGCAGUCUGGCCGACGUUAAGUUCCUACGCGGACGGCGGCGGCCGAGCGUGAGCAUACGAUAGUCGGCUUCUUCCGGAAGUAUGUGAUUCUUAUCGAAAUGGGAAAGCUGAUUUUCGCUUACUUCAGCCUGUUUAAACGGCAUCAAUAAACGUACAUAGUAACAAUAGGAAGAAGCGCACUGAAAAAUUCGAUUUGAGUGUCCAUACAACGGCUAUUACCAUUAUGAUAUCAUUAUUGUAAGGCUCUUAGCACGGUUAGUCGACACGAGUUAGGACAAGAAAGCAUAUUUAAGCCAAGGAGAGGCGCUUGAAAAAUUGUGGUAUUUAUUUCAUGUGUUCAGGAGAGACAUUCAACAUUUGAAAUCUCGAUGAAGUUGUGUGGGAAUUCUUGUUGACCCUGGACUAAAAAGUAUGCUACUAAUUUUUGAAGCCCAGCUAUGCAAGCUAUGUACUUCAAACCAGCGAAGUUGCAGCAUGACGACGACCACAUGAAGAGAAUGAUACGGUGAUUAGUGUACGACGACGAAAGCGUGAGGACGACGGUAUGACGACGGCAUGACUACGGUUGUGACGCUCCCAAAUGCAAUGAACUUGAAGUGCGCGUGGUCGGCAAACCACGGCGAGACAGGUUCUGCAGGCCCUGGCACACGCCCACUUGGCAAUCGAGGAAACUACGUCAAUGUGUCUGCAAGCGUGGCUACGUCCGUAACUCCUGGGGAGACUGCGUUCCAUGGAAGAAGUGCAUUCGCUGCAAGUACCGCCGGCAAAAGGACUGGAACUUAUGCGCGUCUGCCUGUCCCGUUGCGUGCAACAAGACAAUAACUGCUUCGUGCAGCAGGGCGUGCGUUCCUGGUUGCGACUGCCCUCCGGGCUUGGUGUUAGAUGAGAAGAACUGGAGGAAGUGCGUCAAAGUGAAGGAUUGUCUCCCGGUGUGUCCUCCGCACUCGAGAUUCGAGCCCUGCGUCUACAGCUGCAGACCCAAGUGCGGCAUGAGCCCUCCCAAAAAGUGCAUCAUCACUUGCUACAGGGGCGACUGCGUCUGUGAUAAGGGCUUCGCCGAAUUCGAAAGAAACGGAGAGAAGAUGUGUGUGCGCCAGGAAAAUUGUGACUGGUAUCUUCGCACGAAGCCAUUUUUCAAGUUUCCCGAGGCAGGGUAUGCUAGCAGGGGAGGAAGUGCAGGCGGCUUCGCUCGUCAUAUUGGAGGUGCAAUAGGAAUUUCGAGUGGUGUCAGUACCGCCCCAGAAAGUACGCUUUCGCCUGGUGCGACAGGUGGCAUUGAGAGUGGUAACGGGACAUACAGUUUGGGUACAGCUUUGAGUGGUACAACCGGACUUGGUGUGGGCGUCGGUACAGUGACAAGACUAGAUCUUCCGUCUGCAGGAACUAACGGCGUAGCAGUAAGCACUACAAUAACGCCCACAUCACUCGCUGUGGGAAAUAGCGGGACUGGCGAAAUCGCAAGAGGUGCAUCCGCAUCAAUCUUGGCAGGGUCUGGCACAGUUCCGGGCAAGGUGGAAACAGUCGCAUUUCCUUCUCCAGGAAAUAUCAACAUUGGAAUACGCCCAGUAGGCACGCUGUCACCACCUUCUGCAGGAAGUGCAGGUACCGGUGCAACCGUAGGAGGUGCAGUCACACGCCCCUUUUCCGGGUCUGGCACAGUUACCGGGGCCGUCGGUACCGCUUCGCUUUCUUCAGGAGAAAAUAAUCGCGUUGGAGCAAGUACAAGAGGCACAUUCCCAUCACUUUCAGUAGGACAUGGCGGAAUCAAUGUAGGCUUAGGAGGUGCAGUCACACCCGUCUAUGUGGGAUCGAGUACAGUUAGCGCCGGUGUAGGUACAGUUAGAGAAGUCUCACCUGUUUCUGCAGGAGUCAGUGGAGGCGGAGUAGGAACAGUAGGCAGGCGGCCACCGUUUACUGCAGGACCUAGCGCAGGUGGUGUAAGUUCGGGAAACAUAGUCUCCACAAGUAUUGGUGGAGUUGGUGUCACUGUAAAUUCAGUGGGUGCAGCCCUGCCAGUUUCCAUUGCAAGUGCCUCACCCGGAAUUAGCAGGCCAGACAGCCUUCCACCUAUGUCGACAGAACACAGAAGGACUUCUGUAGGUACAGGAGGUAUCUCUGCACCUGCCUACAUAGGUGAUAGUGGUGCUGGUAUCGGUGUGGGUACAUCAAGUGCGCCCGCACCUGUUCGUACACGGCCUGGUACAGACGGCAAUGGUACACACUUGCGUGUUUCUCCAGUGUCUGGAGGAGCUGACGUCAAUAGCAAUAUGGGCAGUACCGCCGCAAGAACUCCAGGAGAUGCACACCCAGCCUCUGUUAUAGUAAACACAGGCGGUACAUCGUCAUCAUCUACCACAGUAGUCACCGGAGGAAGUAUUGCAACUAACUUGGAGAGCAUCCACCCUAGUGGUUCUCCUGGCCUUCGUGGUAGCGUAGCCGCAACAGACACAAGGAGCAGGCUGACGCCAAUUUCUACAGUAGUCAGUGGACCAGUGACUAGAAUUGCUACGGAAAAUCCUACCCUAACUUCUAUUGGAAGCUUGCACUCACCCAAUGACACACUAAAUAUAGCAGGGAUACCCUCGACAAAUGCCGCACGAUUUAACAGAGGUGGUGUCAGAGUACCGUCAACCGGUAUACGAGCAGCUGGUACUGGUACACUUGAAGGAGCCGGAAUCAUCGUAAGCCCACAAAAUGCCAACUCAUCGGUUACUGCAGUUUCUGGAGGAAACGGUAUCAGAGUAGAGGAAAGCCGAGCGCACACAUCUCGUACCGCAGCACAUGAAGCAGAAAAUAUCGGAGUGCCCAGAACAAGUGCACACUCACAAGGUACUACAGUACGUGGCGAAAAUAAUGGUUCUGGAACACUCACUGGGGUUACGGGGCUAGCUGCUACCGUGGCCGCUUUGCCGUCUGCAACCCUUACGGGCGCAGGCAAUACAGGACCACUUGGCAGCUUUGGUUAUGGUGGAGCUUUCCCUCGAAUUUAUGCACUGGGUAAACCGCUCUCUGGCAUCCCAGCAUACGGCGUGCCUGGUUCCAUAUUUUAUCUACGCGGUGCGCACUUACCUGCUGCUGCUGCGGGAAAUGGCAACUCAGGCAUCCGGAUAGCGACAGGAGGUCCAUACUCGGGUGGUUCUGCUGUAUAUGGUCGUUCCGUGUUGUGGAACUUCCCAGAAUUCGUUCAAAUGUACCCCAAUGGUGUGGACGGUGGGGAACGCACACCAGCGAACGAGACUCUUGAGGAACCGAGGGAGGCUCUACUAUUACCUGGAACGCUGCACGAUGAGAACCGAUAAACAGUACUGGGCAUGUAAAUACGUUGUGGUUCUACAAGUGACUACAGAAAACUUUGUGGUUACAUUACGGUGCUUAUACUGUCUCCCAGUUACAAUAUUAGAACUUGUCGCUAGUGCUAAAGUUGGCAUGACAUGUGCAAACCACAAAGGCGAAUCCGGUUUGUUGAUCUUGGCUUUCAGCACUACUUGAGUCACCUAGGGUUUCAAUUUUGAUGAUGUCUUAUCUUACUAAUUUUUCAAGCAAUGUAACAACAGGAUCCACCUACUGAAUAAAAGUAGGAAUGAAACAGGAAUUUUUCGUUCAUCUUCAUUAAUUGUCUAGUGUGCAAGCUUUAUUUCUGUCGCUAAUAUUGCUUCAUCUCCCUUUAUUCUUGCGAAUUAUUGUGAGUGUAUUCUAAUACUACUUCAUCUAUUUCCAACUGAAUAAAAGAUUAGCAAGCACAUUUCAGGCUGUAGUCUUGACUCUAGGCUAAAAUGAAUACCAAGCGGAUUCAACUCCAAAGGCUUAGAACGCAUUCAUGCUCGCGUUAUUUGGUUUACAUUUAGGCUUUGAGAAUGUUUUGGCUUGAAUAUUGAGCGAGAAUUGCAGACUAUUCUUUAUUUUUGUACAAAAUCUCUGUACGCUUGGUAUUUCUCUGUUUUAUUGUUAUGUGCAUAAAUGUUUUGGUAGCAUG